AUGAAACGCCCGACGGCGGCGCGCGGACGGAUCGAUCGGAUCGAGGUGGAGAAUUUUAAGUCGUACAAGGGAAAGCAUCAGAUCGGACCUUUUAAAUCCUUUACGAGCGUCGUGGGGCCGAACGGGAGCGGGAAGUCGAAUCUUAUGGAUGCGAUAUCGUUCGUGCUCGGGGUGCGAAGCGCACAGUUGAGAGGGACGACGUUUAAGGAUUUGAUCUACACGGUGGACUUGGCGGAUGCGAGUGAGAAUAGACGAAGCGCUCGGGUGACGUUGGCGUACGAACCGGAGAAUGAGCGAGAGAUUUUGUUCUCGAGAGUCAUCGAGGCGAGCGGGACGACGCAUUACGAGAUCGAUAACCAACGAUUGACGUCGGAGGAGUACAACGAACGAUUGAAGUCGUACGGGAUUCUGGUCAAGGCGCGAAACUUUUUGGUGUAUCAGGGCGACAUCGAGGCGGUGGCGCAGAAAACGCCGAAGGAGUUGACGACGCUGAUUGAACAAAUUUCUGGUUCGGAUGAGUACGCGGAGACGUAUACGACGAACGAGCGGGCGAAGCAACGUGCCGAGGACGAAGCACACACGAGCUUUACUAAAAAGAAGUCUUUGAUGACGCAGAAGAAGCAGAUGCGCGAGCAAAAGGAAGAGGCGGAGAAGCACAUGGCGCUUCAAGAACGCGUGAAUCAGAUGAAGGUUGAAAGCACCCUGUUCAAGCUCUAUCACAUCGAUGCCGACAUAGACCGCGUUCGUGAUGAGAUGAGAAACGUGCGUGAAGUUCGCGACGAGCACGUGGCUGCGAAUGAGGAAUCGCUCAAGGAAUACGAGGACAAGCGCAAGGAGAAAAUGACCAAGGAUAAGACGCACUUGGCGCUCAACCGUAAGAUUGAAGCGCUCAAGGGUACGAUUUCCAGCCAUGCGCCGCGCGUGAAUCAGAUCAAAGAAGAGACGACUCGAGUUCAGAAGAAAUUGGAACUUGGACAGGCGCAACUCACCAAGUCCAAGCGAGACGCGGAGAACCAAGCCAAGGAAAUCGCAAACAUGGAGCAACAUUUGGCCAACAUCGACAACGCCGAGGCGCUAUUCGAUCAAGACCAAAAGCGUCGAAUGGAGCAAGAUUCGAAGUUUGAAUUGACGCCCGAACAACGAGCCGAGUACAACGCGAAGAAAAUCGAAUCAGGCGCGGCUACGUUCAAGUUGAAAACCGAACGCGAUCAACUGAUGUCUCAGCUCAACACAGAUGAGGAGGCGGCGUCUCGUUUGUCGAGCAAGACCUCGGAGCUUCAAUCUCGUCUUUCUUUCUUGGAAGAACAAGAAGAGCGCGAAGUUGAUCGAUCAAAGACGUUGCAACAGACUGAGACGGUCAACAAGGGAGAGCUGAAGAAACUUGAAAAGAAACUUAAGGAACUUGCCGAUGAGAAGCGCACGGUGCGCAGCCGACAAGACCUCUUCAAGGAAAAGAUUGACGCCCUCAACGCCAAGCUCCGAGAAGCCAAGGCCGACCGUAAGCAAAAUGAACGCGAAACCAAGGCGCUCGAAGCUAUUGCGACGAUGAAGCGAAUGUUCCCAGGUGUGCAUGGUAGACUCACUGAGCUCAUCAAGGUGACGCAAAAGAAGUAUGAGCUCGCCGUCAUCACUGUGCUCGGUCGUGAAGCCGAUGCUGUCGUCGUUGAAGAUGCUAAGACGGCGAAGGAGUGCAUUCAGUAUUUGAAAGAACAACGCAUUCAAUCGAUGCAGUUCAUUCCAUUGAAGGAGAUCAAAGUUCAAGCCAUCAAUGAACGCUUGCGUCACCUCGGAGGCAGCUCUCGUUUGAUUGUCGAUGUUCUUCAGUUUGAUAAGUCGCGCGAACGUGCCAUUCUCUUCGCGUGUGGUGACACUGUGGUGUGUGAUACGCACGCUGAAGCGAAGAAGUUGGCCUUUAGCGGCGCGCAACGAAUCAAGUCAGUGUCGCUGGAUGGUACACUCGUCGACAAGAGUGGGCGUCUCACCGGUGGUUCUUCCUCAGGUUUAGCCGAGAAAGCGAACCGAUUCAGUCGAAUGGACGUCGAAAACACGCGCCAAGAGAAGAUGAAACUCGAAGAUGAGCUCGCCGCUAUGAAGAGUCUGACUACGUUGAUGCUCGAGGAGCAACAAGUGAUCACGGAAAAGACGACGAUUGAAAAGGACACGCAAUUCUUGCAAGCCGAUAUGAAGGCGUUGAAGGAUAAACUCGCCAAGUUAGCGCGCGACAAGGCUGUCAUCGUCUCAUCUCUCGAAGAAUCCAAACCAGAACUUGUGGCGGCGCAGAAAGCGAGCAAAGAAGGCGCGGCCAAGGUUGCGGCGCUUGACAAACAAAUUCACGCCAUCAUCGACGGAAUUUACGCCUCGUUUGUCAAGACUCUCAAUAUUGCGAAUAUUCGCGUGUAUGAGAACGAACACUUGAUGCGCAAGCAGAAAGAAGCCGAAGAGAAGAGUAGAUUUGCGUCACAACGCUCGAAGUGGAAGGAACAGCUCAAUUAUGAGAAGAGCCGCGACACCGAGGGCCCAGUCAAAUCCGCCGAAGGCAUGAUCGCGAGAUACAAAGCUGAACUCGCUGAGCUCGAAGCUUCGGCGGUGAAUGCGAUGAAAGAACUCGAUGAAUCGAAGAAUAAGCUUGUGAAGAUGGAAACUGAGCAUCAACAAGCCAAGGCGCAAGCCAAGGCGCUCGAAAGUGACAUUGUGGUGCUCAAGGAGAAGACUACGAUGGCGGUGCAAGAAACAGCUCGACUCGACAAGAAGCUCUCUUCCAGCCAAAACGAAAUCGAUGCGCAGCGCGAGAUUCGCAAUGGUAUCAUCUCAAACGCGACGAUGGAACAAAUGGAACUUCCGCGCGUGCUCGCGCUCGGCGCUGGUGAAAACGACGGCGACGCCAUGGAAGUUGACGGCGAAACGUCCACCGCUGGGAACGUCGUCCUCGACUACUCCAACUUGAGGAGCGAUUUGAAGCAAGUAAGCAAGUUUGAGCGCGAAGGCAAGGAGAAUGAACUUAGAAUCAAGAUUGAUGAGACUUCGAUCGAGCUUGCUCGAUUGGAGCCGAAUAUGAAGGCUCUCGAGCAGUACGAGACGAUCAAGGAGAAGGAACGAUUGCAGACGUUAGAAUUAGAAGCGGCGAAAGAGCGAGUGAAAGAAGCGACCGACGCCUUCGAGGAUGUGCGAAGUCGACGACGCUCCAUCUUCCUCGAUGCUUUCCAGCAUAUCGCCGACUCUAUCGACGUUCUGUACAAGGAGUUGACGCAAAGUGCGAGCCACCCGCUCGGCGGUCAGGCAUACUUGAGCCUCGAAAGCAACGAAGAUCCUUUCUUGCACGGUGUCAACUUCACCGCCAUGCCGCCCACGAAGCGUUUCCGUGAAAUGGAACAGCUUUCUGGCGGUGAGAAGACGAUCGCUGCUGUUGCGCUCUUGUUCUCGAUUCACUCUUACCGAAGCUCGCCGUUCUUUGUCCUCGACGAAGUCGACGCGGCGCUCGAUAAGGUGAACGUCGAAAAGCUCGCCAAGUUCAUGGCUGCGCGCUCGCAUGGCAAGGAUGGUAAGGAUGGCACUCAGUCCAUCGUAAUUUCUUUGAAGGAUUACUUUUACGACAAGGCGGAUGCUCUCGUCGGCGUCACGCGAGACGUCUCGCAGGCGUGCUCCAAGGUGCUGACGUUUGAUUUGACGCAAUACGACUAACCACGACGACGACGACGACGACGACGUUACGAAACGGCAUUAUAGAACUUUUUCACUU